UUUUCUUCUUCCGGAAAGCUGGGAAUUUGCAGUAUUCAAAACUCUGCGUUAAUCACCAUUUACAGUUUUACAUUCCUUGAAAUUUCUCUAAAUUAUUCAGAAGCCAUCCAUUCUGUAUCAAAUUAUGGAGAGAGAGAGAUAGACUUUUCAAAGUGUGGCUGUCAAAUCGCCCCUAUAUUACAGGUUUUAAGGAACAAUCGCUGCUUUCGGUCUAGGGAGUGAGGGUUCCUGCGUUUUCUUCAUCUCUCUCUCUCUCUCUCUCUCUCUCUCUCUCUGUGCUUCCGGUGGUUCUAUCUGCAUUCGAUUUCAGGAUAUAUGUUCUAGAUUUCAGAGGCUCGACAAAGGCAUAGAGGAUACCAUAUCAGAAGGCAUGGAAGGGGAUACUUUCUCAGGCCUCAGCAACAGAAAUUUGGUGGACAGCAAAGUUCUUCAGCACUUCAACAACAGUUUUGGGCAGGUGCAGACCAUACUCGAUCAAAACCGCCUUCUAAUAAAUGAGAUUAAUCAGAACCAUGAGUCGAAGAUACCUGACAACCUCAGCCGCAACGUGCGGCUUAUCCGAGAGCUCAACAAUAAUAUCCGGAGGGUCGUCGAUCUCUACGCCGACCUCUCCACCUCCUUUUCGAAGUCAUUGGAGGACUCUUCGAACGGCGACUCCUCCGGAACUUUGAGGUCUGAUGGGAAGGCUGGUCUUAAGAGAGUUAGAUCUGGGUAGAACAAAGUUAAGAACCUCAAAGUAGUUUCAAGUGCAGAAUAAUAGUUGGCAAUUCUUGUAUUGUUUGUAUUCCUGUGCAGUUCUUAUUCAUCUCUUCAAUGAAAAGAUGCUUUUUUUUUCAUAUUGAUUGUUACUCACAUAGCUAAAUAUAUGGAUUUUUCCAUAAA